AUGCGUAUUCCGACCGUUUUAAACGGCUGCGCAGUGGUGACAAGCCUCCUUGCUGCAGGCGUUUUUGCCGCCAGCUGCCAGAGUAUGGAAGACUGCAGCCUCAACGGAAUUUGCUCCUGCAACCACACCUGCAUCUGCGACCCGGGCUGGCGGGGUUACAACUGUGGGGAGCUUGAUCUGAAGCCCGUUGAUCGCUGGACAGGCUACAACUACACCAAUAUCUCUCUCCCAGACUUUUAUCGGGAAGGGGCUGGCAAUUCCUCCUGGGGCGGCCAAAUCAUCCACGACCGCAACGACCCCUCCUUGUUCCACCUCAUCAUCUCGCAGUUCACACACGGCUGUGGUCUUUCGGCAUGGAGGCCCUUCAGUAAAGUCAUUCGAGCGGAAUCGAGAACCGGGCCUCGAGGUCCGUUCACCUGGGCGCAGGAUCUCUUCGACACCUUUCGACACAACCCAACAGUCGUCUGGAGCCCGUACGACGAAAAGUAUCUCAUUCACUUCAUUGGACAGGACUGGGAGACUCCCACGUCGUGCGGCUCCAAGAAGACGAACAAUACGAUCUCCGUCUCCACCUCCCCCGACCUCAAGACAUGGACCGAACAGAUCCCGCUGAUCGUCAACGUUACGAACCCCACCGCGUGGCCUCUGUGGACGCCCGAGAACCCGACGAGCGAAAUGCUGCUUGCAGCCGAGAAGAACAAUAUAUACUAUAGCCCCACAGGGUAUGCCGGCCCCUACAACCUUACCGUGGAGCCGGGAAACAUCGAGAUCGACCCCUCGCUUCGCAGUGAAGAUCCGUUUCUGUGGAGGGAUAAGCGCGGACAUUGGCAUUUUCUCGUACAUCAUAUGGUCGAUAUCCCACUAGGGCUCAAGGGUCCGCGAGUUGGAACCCACGCCUUUGCAAGGGACUGGCGCGGGCCGUGGAAAUACGAAAAUUUGACGUUGACUUACAACACGACAGUUCAGUUUACGGACGGCGGAGAGAUAACGUACUACAGACGAGAAAGGCCAAAGCUUUUCUUUAGCGAGGAUGGAGAAAUGACACCGCUGUAUCUCUUGAACGGCGUUCAGGAGUUUGACAGCCCGGCUGCAUAUACUCUGAUACAGCCUAUUGGUGACAAGUGGAAAGAGUAUGAGAAAGGGCUUGGCCUAUAG